AUGGUUUACGCAUUUAUCCUCCCAACCGUCUCGCCUCUAUCAUUUCAAUCAUUCAUCUCCUCUGCCACUCAUCCAUCCCUCCCCCAAUCAGCCACAACAACCCGCCAUGCACUCCGCCUCGCAUUGAAGGCCCACAAGCGCCUACCCCGCGGCCCGCGCCAGGAUGCCCACCUACCCGCCGUUCUGUCCGCCUUGAACGAAUACAUCCCCUUCCUGUUCGCAAUCUCAAACGGACUGAAUGGUCGCUCUGUUACAGCGAAUUCCCAAGACGGCUACACGACAGGGGGAACGAAUAUCCGCGCCGAAGUAGUCGACAUCACAGCCCAUGCGGAGAUAGAGUCGACAUGGAGAUAUACGCUGUCAUCCUCAGGCGGGUUGAAUUUCGGGCCCGGGGGAAAUAACACAAGCGGAAACGGUAUCCGCACGCGGAAUGGACGAGUCUCUGGCCGCGGCAUCCACUUCGAAUUGGCGUUUACGCUCACAACGCUCGGUUACGUACUGAGUAGGAUGGCGCGCGCAGGAGUCGUCGCUACGUUAUACGCACCGUCUACCCCGUCCGCGGAGACUCGUACGGCUGCUGUCCAGACUGCGACACGGUAUCUCUUACAAGCUAGCUCGGUGCAUAAUCUGCUCGCGUCCUCGCCGACUUUCACCGCAGCUACUGUGUCGACGGUACCGGAGCUCGAGUCUGGUACGCAGUCUGCUUUGUCGUCUCUGGCCAUGGCGGAGGCUACAUUACUGGCUGUCCUUAAAGAUGAUGCGUAUGUUGCGGCGUGUAUCCAAUCGCGCAAUCCGAAUGAUAAAGAGUGGAUGGUCCGUGCACCUGAGAUACCGAAGGUACGCGCUCUGCUAUUUGCAAGACUAUGUGUUCGUGCCGCAGAGUACGCCGAACAAGCGGCGGCAGGUCUAGGUGCAGUUGGAUCUACGUCUGGUCGUGCAGGCCGUGUGGAUGAGGAUUUGGUCCGCUAUACCGGAGUCUUGGCUCGCGUUGCCCGAGCACGCGCCUGUCGAUUCUUUGGUGUGGAUGCGGAGCUAUCAGGCAAAGUCGGUGAGGGUAUUGCGUGGUUGCGAGCUGCACGCACUCCACUGGGCCUACGUGGAGCAGGGUCUCAGGAAGACACUACUGGGUCAGGAGGCUCUGCAAAGGGUGGACUAUCCCGUUUAAAGCGAGAAUGGACAGAGCGGCGUGAGGAGCGUCGAGUUACUAAGGAUGCUGGCGGUAGUCGCAGCGACAAAGGUCCAUUGGAUGCGGGAGAUGAUGCUGGCCGUGAUGAGGAGGGACGAGUCCUCGCGAUGCUUGAGACGAAUUGGGUGAAAAUGAAUGACACAAUGAACACGCAGAUCAUUCCACCAUCUGCACCAUUGCUCUCUAAUCUGCCUUCUGGGCGUGAUAUCCACUCUCCCCCGGCACCAUACCAGCCCCCUUCUUUAGAUGACGAUCAACUCAUGCGGAUGCGUGCCCCACCAGAUGAGAGAGAUGACGUUCAAUUCGGAAGUGACGACGAUAGUGAAGACGAUGCAGGACAACCUGAUAGUCGUGAACCUCCGGGUGCAUUCCCGGACCGGAGUGCGACAGUCUCGACCGUUUAUUAUUGA